AAAGAAGUUCUAUACACAACCUUCCACCAUGGCAACGAUCAACACGCCCCUUCUUAGUUCUCCCAAGAGAUCCUCACCUACUUUCAAAGCCCUCAUCCUUGUAAUUUCCAUAGCCACCAUCACAGCCCUAGCAUUUCUUGCGGCCCACCAACUGACGAUCACAAAUCACUUCAAAAUAUGUAAUCAGGCCCACCAGCCAUCUUCAUGCCGGGCCAUUCUUUCCAGUCUAGCCACCUUCAAUAUCCUACCAUUGACCAAGAUCAAGCUCCUUCAGACCAUACUAGAAGAAUCUCUACCGCACAUCGAAAAGGCCACUAUGGUGGCUAACAGCAUCCACCGUCGGAUCAACGACCCAAAUCAACAAAUGGCUCUAUCUGAUUGCAUGCUGCUGAUGGAUCUAUCACGUGACCGUUUGAAAGACUCCGUAUCAUCUCUCGACGAUCCAACCGCACAAUCUAAUGCAAAUGUACAUUCAUGGCUUAGUGGGGUCCUCACCAAUCAUGUCACUUGCUCAGAUGGGCUCCACGGGUCCACCAAAUCAACGAUGAUGAUCGAGCUAGAUCACUUGAUGGCCCUGGCCAGUACCUCCCUAUCCAUUAUCAGUGCUAUUUCUUCUUCAAAUGAAGAAGAACUGAUUGGACGGCGUGCCGGGGACUUCCCAUCUUGGAUCACGGCCAAGGACCGGAAACUUCUGGAAGCAUCGCCAAACGACAUUAAGGCCAACGUCGUCGUGGCUAAGGACGGAAGCGGGAAAUACAAGACGGUGCAAGAAGCGGUGAACGCCGCACCAGAUAAUAGCAAGGUCCGAUACGUGAUCCAUGUGAAGAAGGGAACAUAUAAAGAGAAAGUCGAUGUGGGGAAGAAGAAGAAGAACAUAAUGCUAGUAGGGGAUGGCAUGGAUUCCACGAUCAUAACCGGAAGCCUCAACGUCAUCGACGGAACAACCACCUUCAAUUCAGCGACAGUCGCUGCUGUCGGUGAUGGAUUCAUCGCACAAGACAUCUGGUUCCAGAACACAGCCGGACCGGAGAAGCAUCAGGCGGUCGCCCUCCGUGUCGGCGCGGACCAGUCCGUCAUCAACCGCUGCCGUAUCGACGCCUACCAAGACACUCUCUAUGCCCAUUCCCUACGCCAAUUCUACAGAGACUGCUCCAUCACCGGCACCGUCGAUUUCAUCUUCGGCAAUGCGGCGGUCGUCUUUCAAAAAUGCAAGCUCAUUGCCCGUAAGCCCAUGAGCAAUCAGCAGAACUUGGUGACUGCUCAAGGCCGGACGGACCCGAAUCAGAACACAGGCACUUCAGUUCAGCAGUGUGAGGUAAUCGCGAGCUCUGAUCUAGUACCCGUUAAGGGUAAGAUCCGGACGUAUCUGGGCCGUCCAUGGAAAGAGUACUCCCGGACUGUAUUCAUGCAGUCAUCCCUCGGUGAUCACAUCGCACCAGCUGGAUGGCUGGAAUGGAAUGGGGACUUUGCAUUGAAGACAUUGUAUUAUGGAGAGUAUGCAAAUAGCGGGGCGGGUGCUGGGACGAGCAAGCGGGUAAACUGGCCCGGUUAUCAUGUGAUCACGAACCCGAAUGAAGCACUGAAAUUCACGGUGGGCCAGCUGAUACAAGGCGGGGCAUGGUUGAAGAGUACAGGAGUGGCCUUUACAGAAGGGCUGUGAAUCUUGUUGUUAUUUUAAUAUAUAAUAUAUUUAGAUCUGAGAUUUUCCUCGAUCAUUAAGUAA